UAUACUUAUAACCUGCGCGCGCAUAACUUAAGAAAAUAUUAGGAUUUUACUCUUUAUGAAGUAUAAAUAAACCAUUUAUCAACACUUCGCUAACUUCUUUACGUUAUUUAAAUAAAGUUUUUAUGCGUUCAAUCGCACCGCAAAGAUGGCUGCCUCCAUACUGAAGGUUGCAGUUGCAGGUCUCUCGAGGUGUGCACGGCACACGUUACCCUCCGUGAGGGCAUUGUCUUUGUCUGUGCCCGUCAGACAGGGUGUCCCCCAGUCGUUGUGGAAGUUAGGCAGGUUGAAUCAUGUGGCUAUCGCAGUACCAGACCUAGAGAAAGCUACAGCACUGUACCGCGAUGUGCUGGGGGCUCAGGUGAGCGCAUCUGUCCCUCUUCCUGAGCAUGGGGUGUACACUGUGUUUGUGGAACUGGGCAACACCAAAUUAGAGCUCCUGCAUCCUCUGGGAGAGAAAAGCCCCAUCGCAGGAUUCCUGCAGAAGAACAAAUCUGGAGGGAUGCAUCAUAUAUGUAUCGAGGUUGAUGAUAUUAACGCAGCAAUAGCUGAUUUGAAGGAAAAGAAAAUCAGACUGCUCUCCACAGAGCCACGGAUAGGAGCUCACGGCAAACCUGUGAUGUUUCUCCACCCUAAAGAUUGUGAUGGUGUUCUUGUGGAGAUUGAGCAAGCCUAGACCUUUUGAAGACACAUGCAAGCCUUCAAGCCAUUGCAUUGUGUGCCAGACAGUGACACUAAACAUGAUUUGUUACGUUAUGAAAUGUUAUUAUUUUCUGAUCCUCAUGUCAUUUUAAACGUGUAUGACUACACUGGACCACAAUAAGUUUUUGUUCUCUUGUAUCUUGAUGAAAUUCUAUUCACACUACUUUUUAUUUAUUAAUUGUAAAUGAAUAGAGACUGCGAAUUUGUCAUACAGGUUUGAAACAACAUGAGGGGUAAAUUGCAAUUGGUAUAUGGGUUAGUAAAUGAUUACAAAAUGACCUUAAUAAUACUUCAUCUAUUAUUUAAUCAUUCAAAAGAAUCAUUAAAGGCAUUCAAGUGAUAAAAGCAGAUUUCAAUUGUUUAUUUUAAUGUGUCUAUGAUUUUCUUGGAAUUGUGCUAUUUUCCCUAUGUAAUUAUUAUUCUUAUUGAAUUCAAUAAUUAGUUUGUCUUGGGUAAGACUGUUCCUAUGGCCAUUACAAGAUUACAAAAAAUUGACUGAGAAUCUCUUGUGUAUAAACAUUUUACAUAAACAAUUUAUACAUUUUUUUUUUAAAUAAUUAUAUACUUUAAUAGUGUACGAUCACUUUCGAAUGUUAUUGUAAUAUUGGUGAGAGCAUCUAUCGAAGCAGGAAUAAGCCCACUAAAAUAUAGGUUUAUUAAUGCUACACUAAAAAUAGAAGAGCAGCAUUUACCUGAUGUUAUGAAAAUAUAAGAUGCUAUUUAUAUAAAGUUAUUUUAUGCUCAUGAA